AUGGCUCGAAUUGAUAAAGAUUACUUUAUUAAACGGGCGACACGUCUCUAUGAACGAUGGGUAAGGAAUUUUCACGUUUUUGCCUUAAUUUGUAAAUUAUUUAACUUUUCUAUGGAUUAUUGAUUAUUUUUGCCUUUUAGAACAGUGGAGAUGAUGAAACCCUGUCAAAGCUGAGUUGUCUGGUUUUCCCCGUGGGGACAGAUGACAACUACUCCAAAACGCAGUCUCUGCAGGUAUGAAUAACAUAGCCGGAUUUCUACUUCUUUAGACAUGGCUCUUCAACUGUGCUAUCUUUGAUACACUCCUAGUGUUCACAAAGGCUGGAAUAUACUUCCUUGGAAGCGAGAAAAAAGCAAGGUUUUUUUCUCCAGUUGAGUCAAAGGAGAAUGACGAGCAAUUCCCCCCACUCAACAUUCUUCACAGGGAUAAAGUGGGUGAUCGUUCAAUUGAUUAUUGUUGCUUUAGGCUUCUAAAGAUGUUCAAAACUUUGAGAAGUUGAUUGCUGUCAUCAAAGAAAGUGGAAACUCUUAUGGGUGCUUUGCCAAAGAAAGCUUUGACAGUGAAUUCACGACAAGCUGGCAAGACGCUGUUAAAGAGUCUAAUGCCAAAGCUGUUGAUGUCACCUUGUCAUUUGCUUUGUUGUUUGCCGUUAAAGAUGAUAAAGAGAUUUCGUUGAUGAGAAGGUCGGCUGAAGCCACUGCUAAUGCGAUGAAUGUCCUCAAAAAGAAAAUUGUGAAUAUUGUUGAUACAGAAAAGGUGGGUGAAAUGGAAUUGGUUUUUUAUGACUUUGUAGAAAGUAAAGCAUAGCCGCUUGGCGGAUGAAAUGGAAAGGUUAAUUGUCUCAAAGGAAGUCCAAGGCAAGUUGGCGCAGAACGAAGGAAGUCUGGAAGCUGGAUUCACUCCCAUUAUUCAGUCGGGUUCAAAAUGUGCACUGAAGUUCAGUGCAAAUAACAGUGAUAGCAACAUUUCAUAUGGUUCUGUUCCUUGUUGUCUCGGAAUGAGAUUUAUGGUAAGCUUGGCCUAACUGGCAAUGUAUGUCUAUUUUUUUAGUCGUAUUGUACAAACGUUGCUCGAACUUUCGCAUUGGAGCCAGCCGAUUCUUAUGAGAAGGUUUACGACACCCUUUUGAGUAUCCAGCAGAAGUUAUUAAAAGAAAUGAAGCCAGGAAACACAAUUUCCGAUGUGUACAAAAAGACGGUGCAUUUUAUUGAAAAUGAAGCGGGGGAAAUUUCGAAAUUUAUCCAGAAGGCUAAUUUUGGGUACGUUGUUAAAUGCGCAUUUCUUUAUGAAUUGUAGUUUUGCCACUGGUAUCGAAUUUCGAGAUGGUCAAUUUUUGAUUAACGAGAAAUGCAAACAAGUUCUUCAACCGAACAUGACCUUUGUUGUUUCGAUCGGAGCUCAAGACUUUCCAAAUCCAGGUGCAACGAAUGAUGAGUACAAGACAACAUCAAUUUGGUUGAGUGACACAAUUUUGGUUACGAAGGAAGGCCCCUGUGAAGUGUUGACGAUGUCCGCUAAAAGUCAGUUCAAAGCAAAUGCCAUCCGGUUAAAGAACAGCGAAGAUGAGCAAGUCAAAGAAGUCAAACAGGCUAUUAUGGAUCAAGGAAGGUCAAAGCGAUCUGUUAUUCUACAGGAACAGACUAGAGUAAGUAAUAACAGACAUCUCAAAAUGUUUUUAGCAUAAACAAACAAAUGAAGACAGACGAAGAACACAUCAGAAGGAGUUAUCAGAUCAGCUGAACUCUAAUGCGAAGGCCAGACUAGCUCAUUUGCCUGGAACUAAAGACGAACGGAAGGUCAAGAAAUCGAAUAUCUCUUACAAAACGCUCGAACGCUUCCCCAAUGAGCCCGAAGUUAAUGACAACAUGAUAUACGUGGACAAGAGACAUGAUACCGUCAUUCUCCCCAUCUUCGGAAUGCCAGUUCCAUUCCACAUUUCAAUGUUAAAGAACACGAGCAUGGCAAAUGAAGGCGAUUACACAUACCUCAGACUUAAUUUUACUCAUCCUGGAUCUCAAAUCGGCAAGGACAAUUUCAUGUUCCCCAAUCCACUCGCAGAUUAUGUGAAAGAAUUGUAAUGGAUUUAGCUUGUGUAUUUAGUUUGUCGUUUAGGACUUUCCGAAGUAGCAAUUCCAAGGAACCCGGAGAAAUGCAUGCUCCGAGUUUGAAUCUUCAGACUGCCUAUAGACUGAUCAAAGAAAUGCAAAAGAAGUUCAGAACAUCAGAAGCGGAAGAAAGAGAAAAGGAAGGAGCUGUUAAGCAAGAUAAACUGGUCCUCAAUAAUAUGAAGGGUAACCCGAAGUUGAAGGAUCUUUAUGUUCGCCCAAACAUUGUCAAGAGAAUGAGCGGGGUCUUAGAAGCCCAUCAGAAUGGUUUCCGAUAUACAACUCCGAGAGGGGAUAAAAUUGACGUGCUCUACAAUAACAUAAAGCAUGCCUUCUUCCAACCUUGUGACAAUGAGAUGAUUAUCUUACUUCAUUUUAAUCUGAGGGUACGUAAUGUUUUAAUUUUCGCAUGUUUUUAGAAUCCCGUAUUGUGGGGGAAGAAGAAGUAUUCGGAUAUUCAAUUCUACACGGAAGUUGGAGAGAUUACAACCGAUUUGGGUAAAUACCACCAUAUGCAAGACAGAGACGAUGUGGCCAGUGAACAGGUAUUUUAAUCUCGGCCCAUUCUGACUCCAGGUUUAGAUGGAAAGAGAGAUGAGGAAGAAACUCAACUCCACAUUCCAAAAUUUCUGCGACAAGGUUGCAAAGGCGACUAACGAGCAAGUUGACUUCGACACACCAUUCAAUGAUUUGUCCUUCAAUGGUGUCCCCUUCAAAUCUUCUGUCUAUUUGAAGCCGACUUCAUCUUGCUUGGUGAAUCUGACUGAAUGGGUGAGUCCCUGUGCUAAUCUUGAUAUCUUUUCAGCCUCCAUUUGUGGUUACUUUGGAUGAAGUUGAAUUAGUUCAUUUUGAACGUGUCAGUGGAAAUACCAGAACCUGCGAUAUGAUUAUUGUGUUCAAAGAUUAUACUAAAAAGACCCAGGGUAUCUUUAAUAUUCCUGAUCAUGCGCUGGACGGAAUCAAGGACUGGUUGAAGUAGGUUUUAUAUUUCAAAAGCAUAUUUUUUAGCUCUUGUGAUAUCCGUUACUCUGAAGGUCCAAUGUCUUUGAAUUGGAAUAAUAUCAUGAAACGAAUUAUUGAUGACCCCGAAGGAUUCUUCGAAGAAGGCGGGUGGGACUUCCUUCUUGCUGAUUCUGAAGUAAGUUACUUAUAACAAAAUUAUUAUGUGUUUAGGAUGAGGGGGAAGAUGAUGAUUCCGAGGAAAGUGAAUUCAAUGUCUCGGAUGAUUCCGAUGCGAGCGGCGAAGAGGAAAGCGAGUCCGACUCAGAAUCUGUCCAAACCACGUCUGAUUCGGAAUCAGAAGCAGAAUUGGAUUCUGAUGAAAGCGAGGGAAAGGAUUGGAGUGAUUUGGAAGAAGAAGCCGCUAAAGCCGAUAAAAUGAAAGAACGUGGAGAAGAGGAGGCGCCCUCUCAUGGUCACAAGAGAAAGCACGGUGGGGGUGGAGGUGGCUCGAGUUCUAAGAAACGUCGUUAGCCCUUUAAAUCAUGUUUAACCAUUCUAACAUUUUUUGUUUUAAUUGUGGAAAUAAAUGCGAGAAUCGAUAGUUGCACUUCGCCUCGAAUUAUUUUACGUUGACGUAAACAUUUCUUUUUCCGAUCUUCUAUUUGUUGUAGCAUACUUUAUUUUUUUGUUUUGAUAAAUGUUAUUUGGCCGUGUUUACAUUUGUACCAAUCUUUAAAUCUUGACUUUAGACGGGAUGAGCGAGAAAGUGAGGGAAAUCGAAUUUAUUUUGCGGUUUUCCCUUCAAUCUUUAGCCGACCAGAGAAUUAAAUGUCCAGAAACGUGGAGUGUUUUGCAACUCAAGAACCAUAUCCAUAACCUUUGCCCAUCGAAACCAGCAGUCGGACUUCAGCGUCUUAUUUAUGCUGGCCACUGUUUGAAGGAUAAUCAAGUUCUCAAAGACAUUUUUAAGAGAAGCUUGGGUGAUGAAUCCGAGAAUGCCGGCGUUCAAGUAAUUCAUCUGGUAUGUGCGUCCAAAACGGACCAAUUUAAGUUGCCAGAAACCGUAAAACCUCGAUCGUCGACUUUAAUGUAAGGAUUUUGGUGCCAACCGUGAAAUAAUUGAUUUUUUAUUGCAGAGAGAGCAGGGGGAUGGCUCCGACCUCAAAUUUUUUAACGGCUCCUGAAGGAAUUUCGCAAGAUCUGAACCAAGUUUAUGCCCAAGCAUAUCACGAUUAGUAAGUGCUGCUGAGAAGUUAAUAUUUUUUUCUAGUUUGAGACAAUACUACGGACAAGCUCAUCUAAACUUGAAUAAUCGGUUUAACCGAGUUUCUGUCGUCGCGCGCGUACAACAACAACGACCAGAAGUAGCUAAUGUACCAGAACAAGCCCUUAAUGGAAGAGAAAAUGAACAUCCUGAUCUAUUGGAUCUACUGUACAAGAUAAUCAGAGUAAUGAUAUUGCUGGCACUGGUUAUGUAUUCACCAACUGAACGACUUCUUUUUGUGGUUUUGCUGAUCUGUCUGAUGCUCUAUGUUCAACAACGCAGGGAAAGAAAUAAUCGCGUUGAAAGAGAAAUUCCAGCUGUAGGUUUUCAAGGACAGUCGGGGAAACUCAAGUUGGGGUGAAGGACAACGACAAUAGCCCGCGAUUUUGAUGCGGCGUUUUUGCGUAACUAAAAAAAGUAUUGUCCGGAAGAAUAUCUCAUGUUUAAAAGGGGAUUAAAGAGACGUAUUCGUCAAAAUUGAAAACUUUACGCGUGGAUUCAAAGAAAACACUGCAUAUCGGCAACGCGGCAACCGAAUAUAUUGUUUAUUUUUUAAAAGAAGAAAAAACAACAAAAAGUGUGCUUGGGUCAUUUUUUCAAAUCAUUACAUGACCUGUUUAGGCUCGACCGGCGCCAAAUGAAAACGCUCCGGCCAACAACGAGAAUGGUCUUGAUAACACCCUAGCAAAUGCUGAGAUGGAGAUGCCACCCCAAAGCGCUUGGUCAGUCUUCUGGUCCACAGUUGUCUCAUUCUUCAGUUCUUUAAUCCCCGAGAAUCAGAUUCCCUUAAAUGUAAACUAAAGACUUUUAUACCGGUAUGUAUGUAUUAUAUCACAACUUCAUCAUCGCUUUGAAGCAGACUAUUUGUUUAGUAAAAGCACAGUACUAAUUUUGGCUUCUUUUUUGAAUUUGAAUGCUGAAACGAUUAAAGUUUGGAUGUUUGUCCUCUAUUGAUCUAAACUUAUCCUUGUUUGCAUGCCUGAUGACAAACGAUGGCUGAUUUAACUCUCACUUUUAUGACCCUGUUUAUGACUUCGUCGGUGAGUGACAGUUGCAUAAGGAUUAUGAGAUUGACAUCAGUUCACGAAGAGGCGGGCUCACGAUAGAACGACGUGAGGUUGUGAUAGCGGGAAUCAUCAACAAGAGGCGAAUUUCACUUGGAAUGGUGAUGGAGUCAGCGGAGCCAGCCGGACUGGUCAAGGAUAUGGAUCGAGGGAGCAAGCUGGCAGAGCGAACGGCGGACUGA